UAACUAUCUUAGCUUGACUACGCUGUUUCCCAAAUCUCCAUCCACGUUGCCGCUACCUUCCCUUCCCAUUAGCUGAGAAUGGACACAUUCGGGGAUAACUUGUGGUGACCCCCAACCCUCCCCAUCUCUGAACUGAUGGAGUUUAACUCCGUCAGCAAGCCGGGCGAUAACUGUGAACCGGACAGGCCCGCUCAUCCCGGGGUUUUCCCAACCUGCGAGGCUGGGAAGAGCGAUAACCAGUCGGCUGCACGCACCGUGGACUUCCCGGUGUCUGUGGUUCUUCCUGCCGGUGGCACCGGAGAGAGAACCGGACUGCAGACACCGAAACAGUUCUGCUCGUUUCUGGGUCGGCCACUCAUAAGCUACACUAUCCAGGCUUUCGAGAGGGUGUCAUGGAUCCAGUGCAUUGUGGUUGUUGUUGCCAAAGAAAACAUGGACCUGAUGACGGACAUCAUCCAGCGCUUCCAGCACAGGAAGGUCCGAGUGGUGCCAGGCGGCUCGACUCGUCACAGGUCGAUAUGUAACGGAGUCCUGGCUCUUGGCGAAGGGGAGAGGCCGGCGGCAGACAGACCAAAGGUGGUCAUCAUCCACGAUGCCGUGCGACCUUUUGUGGAGGAGGACCUUCUGUACAAGAUAGCCAUGGCUGCCAAGGAGCAAGGGGCAGCAGGAGCGAUCCGACCCCUUGUUUCCACGGUGAUAGCCACCACAUCAGAGGGCUUCCUGGAUCAUUCUUUGGAGCGAGCCAAGUACAGAGCCAGCGAGAUGCCUCAGGGGUUCACGUAUGAUGUCAUCCAUCAAGCCUAUCAGAGGUGCAGCGAGUCAGACUUUGACUUUGGCACCGAGUGUCUCCAUCUGGCUCUGCAGUACUGUGGCACCAACGCCAAGCUCAUCCAGGGGCCGCCAACACUGUGGAAGGUAACCUACAAGCGGGAUUUGGCUGCUGCAGAGUCCAUCAUCAAAGAGACCCUGUCACGGUCUGCCUGUGUUAUCACAGGUGGGUGUGCACAGGCUGGGACACUGGCCGACGCCCUCCAGAAGGCUGUCGGAGCUCUCGACAUGGAGCUGGAUGUCAUCCCAGAUGUGAUGGGAGGAAAUACCAGGUAUCUGUUAAAGGAGUGGAACUUCAUCCAGGUGUCUGUCAGUCGUUCUUGCCCGUCUGAAGUGGAGGCCUUGCUGACAGAGUUGGAGGCAGCUAAUCGGGCUCUUCUCCACCCGCUGGUUGUCAUUUGGGUGCAUUUGAGCGCUUCAGAUGAGCUGCCCAUCAGAGGGACAGAACCGCUGGCGAUCAUGGACCUGGCCUCAGCAGCCAAGCUCCGAAACGUUCUCCUCUACGGAAUCCAGCUUCAUCAGUCAAAGAACACUUGGUGCUUUCGGAGCUCCUGAGCGAUGACUGAGGAACCUCUGCAUAGUCCCGAGGACGUGUGGACAGCGUUGUGCUGUCAGCUGCAGUUGUUGACUGCUUACAGAUGUACUGGCCUGCGUCGCACGAGUGAUUAAGCUACUAAGCAGUGACUUGGGUACAUCGUAAAGGAAAACAGGAAAGCCUCACAGUUUUUCCCCUUAAAUCCACUUCCUUCACAGAUCUAGCCAAGUGUAAAUCUAAAGACACAUUAAGAGAGGGGUUUAGAUGCUGACACACAAUGCUCCUGGAGCCCAUUCAAAGCUAUCAUAUUUUGAUUCCUUCAGUUUUUUGUCUCAUUCCCUCGUGUUGCUUUAAUCAGUGAGAAGCUGCAGUCACUGAUCUGUAAUCCAGUGCCUCGGUUCCCCCUGCAGUCGGCUGGUGUGGAAAAUCCAUGUCAUCUGACUCCCCCAGCGCUGGUUCUGAUUAGGGAGGAGCGCCCGGGGGGCUCUGCAUCCAGGGUCCCUCGCUCCCAUUAACCACGGUCAGGCCUGAUUCCACGCUUGUCGCUCUCACACCUCGUCACUUUCCCGUCCCGCCGCUCCGUGAGCUGUGCUGUCUGGUGCUGGACGGUGAAUUCAGGCUUAAGAUUGAGAAAACACAGAGUGACACAAAGCUUAUUUUUCUCCCGCUCAUCAUCCACUUCGCUCCAAAUGUGCUGCACUGCUGAUGUGUAGUUGUAAGCCAGAUUUGAAGGUAUGUUAGACAGGAUGUUACAGAUCACAAAUCAUCCUUGUUUUGUCAUUUUGUGUGAUAUCUUUUUAAUAUAGUUUUAUGUUCCUCUUUGUGGAUGAUAGGUCAUUAAGGGCUUUGCAGAAAGCCUUCUUAAGCCUUCUUAAAUUGUUUUAUUUCACUCUGAGGAAAUCUGCCUUCGGAGAGCUGGCUGCUAAAAUUGGGUGUAGACCCAGAAGAGAAAGUGUCAGAUUGGUUGGCGCACUUCUGGUGAAAUGAGUCAGCUCCAAUCCCAUUUUAAAGGAUAAUUCACAACAAUAUUAAAACUUGGAUCAAGUUUUUGUAGCUUCAUUAUUUUUGUCUGUUCUGAUAACAUCAUGCUGUCCGAAGUAACAGGAUUGUUUUACAGUGGAUGUUUUGACAUCUCAUAGCAGGAAAAGUAGAACUAAUAACGUUAGCAAAGGCUGCGCUUCAGUCCGGCGGCGCAGUUCCAGACCCUUGGUGUCAUUCUGGCUCAAUGUCAUGACUUACUGAACACCCAAAUGGAACAGAGCCGCCAUUAAUGUCAUUAGUCACACCUGGUCGGCUGCAGUGAAAAAGAUCUGAGUGCACGGCGACGUCGCUGAGAAGACGUGAAGCGGAGGACCACGUUUCAGUCUGGGAAACAAAGAUCUGAAGGGUAAAGUUGUUACCCAGUCGGUCCGAUGGAAACUUCAUCGCAGUUCUCAGUCCGACUUGCUGCAUCAGCUUUGACUUUCGUACUUUCCAUAGUUGUAUGUGCAGAUUUGUUGUGCAGCGUUGGUUUAAUUGCUGCCAUUUUGAGGGCCCUCGUCUGUCGGUUUCCAAGGUGGUAGACGAUUCAGGUUCCCAGCUUGUCCGGACAGUUGAGUUUCUGUCCCAUCUGAUUAGCAGCAGCACAGUGUUCUCAGAUCUUCACGAUGUGUUUAAAGCCAGCUGUUGUUCUUCAUGUGGUGCAGCACAGUGAUAGCACUUCAGCUAACCCGAAGAGUAGCAUCACACAGGUUACAUCUGAUUUGUUGCCUUUGUGGAGGAAAUGUUCCAACCCCAAGCUUCAUUUAGCUACUGGAGCUAAUGGUUAAGAUCAAGAAAGAAAAAUCUACCGACCUCUCCCUUAACUUGUCAUGUAAGUGUAAUCUUUUAGGUCUUUCAAUGGCAGAGUUUGUGAAACUAGCUAAACCGCAGGCCUUUCUUUUUUCUGUCCUCACCGUCUCUUUUAAAGCUUUCAAAAGAUGAAAAUCUUUCUUAUAUUUUCUCCCUCAUGCAUGCGGGCACAUCAAAAGCUUUGUCAAAAGCCUUAUUACAGUCCUGUUCCAUUUAUGAAAAAGUCCAGGUAGAGCAUGAAGCAUAAAUCUACGUGACGUUCAAGCUUGUGGUUAAAACAAAGUAAAGCUCCUUGAACUGCAGCCCCUUUGAAAGAUGGAAAACAGGUCAUUGUUAGGCCUCAUCAAGAAACUAAAUCAAAGUGGAGGGUCGCUGUAGCCUAAGGAAUGGAGUCAGUGGAGUGAAAACCAUUAAAAGUGCAUUGUGCGGGCGGUCCGCAGAGGGAAAGAAAGAACAAGAAAGAGAUACAGAAAAGACGAAUCACGAAAGCAAAACAACCACAACAGUGGAGUCCGUCUGAGGCAGUGAGAGAAUGUAUGGUCUCCUUUUGUCUGACGAGUGGCUUAGCGUAGAUCUGUCCAAUAUCAUGCACCAUAAAUCUCAAAGUGGGUCUUAUUGGUUUACAAGCUUCAGAGGACUUGACAUUAACACAAAUUUGUGAAAAAAGAAAGUGCCUUAAUUCUGUGGCGUUUUUCUUCCCCCUGCUUCGGAAAAUUGCUUCCGUCUGUUGAUUGAACAAGCCAUAAAAUAACAUGGGAGUCACGAAAAUCCUCCACCAGAUUUUGUGAUUCCUACAAUCAAAUAAAAUGCGGUAAAUUCAGAUGGCCGUUCAGCUAAAGCCCCGUUUGUUUGACCUCGCUGACCCCAACAGGAAACCAAAGGAUUUGACUCUCAUGAGGAGAAUCCUGGUAGGAAGUUCAGAAUCACACGUUCACUUUUAAAGAAAAUGGCAGCUGAUGCUUAAUUUGGAACCUUCCCAACCUUCUUUUUACCAUUUAAUGACCCAAUCAACGAUGUUGUA